AUGGCCCUCAGUAACAAUGGUCGGAUUCCGGGGUUAACAUUCCUAAAUUUGGGAGCCAUGUCCCGCAAUUCCCCCUCGCACCGUCUAUAUUGUCUUUGUCGACAACUUGUGGUUCAAAGGUCUUCAUUCUUGUCUAGGUCAAAUUUGCGAUUUAACUCCAGUAGCGUUUCUUCGGCUAGUGCUUCAACAGCUGAAGCUGCCAAAGUUGCCUCAGAGAAGGCGAACCCCCCGACUAGAAAAUUGAAGAGAUAUUUUCUAGGAACCUCGCUAAUUCUCCUGCUUUGGGGAGGCUAUCUCUAUGCGACUGAUACUCGAGCUAGUGCCCACCGGUGGAUUGUCCCGCGGUUGAUCAGGUGGUAUUAUCCUGAUGCGGAAGAUGCUCAUCAUGCUGGAGUUCACUGGUUGAAAGUUCUCUACAAUCUUGGCCUCCACCCUCGAGAAAGGGGAAACCCAGAUGGUGAUGGUAAACUUGUGACUAAGGUAUUUGGGUAUACUCUUUGCAACCCAAUUGGGAUAUCUGGUGGCCUUGACAAGGACGCAGAGAUCCCUUCUGCCCUGUUUGAAUUGGGACCUGCCAUUGUUGAGGUUGGAGGAACUACUCCGCUCCCUCAGGAAGGAAACCCCAGAAGUCGAGUGUUCCGGAUCGUCUCCCAGGAUGCUAUGAUUAAUCGUUACGGACUUAACUCAAAAGGAGCAGACCAUAUGGCAUCCGUUCUCAAACAGCGAGUUCGCGACUUUGCUUAUGCCCAUGGCUUUGGAUCCAGCGAGUCGGCAGAGGAGCGAGUGCUCAAUGGAGAGGCAGGCGUUCCGGCGGGCAGUCUUACCGAUGGUAAACUCCUCGCUGUCCAAGUUGCGAAAAACAAAGUUACUCCGGAGACAGAUAUUGAAGCUGUCAAGAAAGACUACGUCUACUGCGUGAACCGACUAGGAAAGUAUGCAGAUAUCAUCGUUGUGAACGUGUCGAGCCCUAAUACUCCUGGUCUGAGAACUCUACAGGAAUCUGGCCCCCUCACUUCGUUAUUAAAGGGCGUAGUCGAAGCUGCGAAACAAACAGAUCGGAACAACAAGCCUUACGUGAUGGUCAAAGUAAGCCCUGAUGAAGAUACAGACGAGCAGAUUAGUGGCAUUUGCGAUGCCGUCUGGGCAUCUGGAGUGGACGGUGUCAUUGUAGGAAACACAACCAAAACGAGGCCUGAACCACUUCCCAAGGGCUACAAGCUGUCCACCCGCGAACAGGAAACGUUGGGAGAGACGGGCGGAUUUUCUGGCCCACAUCUGUUUGACAAAACCGUCUCACUUGUCUCGAGAUAUCGAAAGUUGCUUAAGAAAAAGAUGCUGUCCGAAGACACUACUGAAAGUGCACCAUCAUCGGAAACUGGGACGGUGACGGCACCGGUGAAAUCCCACUUGGUUCCAAAGGUGAUUUUUGCAUCUGGAGGGAUCACGAAUGGGGAACAGGCUGCGAAAGCUCUAGAUGCUGGGGCCAAUGUUGCGAUGCUGUAUACUGGAUUGGUUUACGGGGGAAGUGGAACCAUUACGAGGAUGAAAGAGGAGAUGCGGGAACUCAAGGACAAGGCAGAGAAGUAA